GUUGAACCAGAUAGCCCAGCGCCACACCCAUAAAUGGGUUUUACAAUGUUCCAUCCGAGCUAGUUGACUUCAAGAGUAUGCUUACUAAAGUCCCCUACCCUAACUAACGUAUCUCACACAAGCGAGUGACACAAGGCCAUGCGCUGCCCCAACUCAGUUGCUUGCGGCAAAUGCGCCAGGCCACACCGGACAGCGGAAUGCGUCUCUGAGGUGUCAAAAUGCGCUGUCUGUGGAUGGAACCAUCCGGUCACGCACCCGGACUGCAUUGAGUGGAAGGGAGGAUCAAACCACCUCCGGCCCUGCGGUAACCAACUUGUAUGUCAAUCUGUCUUGGGAUUUUGGGAUUUUGUGAGAGGUGAAAGUAGCUGGUAGGAAUGAUGUUAAUAUAGCUUGUUGGUCGAUUUCUAUUAGAAUUGUGUGAAAG